CCUUCUUCGGAUCACAAGACUCACCACGCUUGAGGCCGGAACCGAUUUCCUUAUCAGCCAAACUCAAUCGUUUCGAGGCUCAGCACACCACUGUUCCCCUGUCGUGGGGGCUGGACCGCACCUGAUUGAUCGCGACUCUCAUCUUUGAGCGACACUUCCAGCACGUCCUCGACCGCAUUCAGUUCUGACUCUGGCAUCAUGGAUCCCACGACCAUCGCCGGCGCACUCUUCUCCGGCCUCAACGCGAUCGUCAAAGGCGUCAGUUACGGAGCUCACUUCGUCGACGUCCCCAAAGAAGUCACCCAAUUGCAACAGAACAUCCAGACCGCAGACCAAUCCAUCAACACGGCCAAGCGCCUCGUGAGGCUCAAAACGCACUACCUCAACCCGCACCUCGUGAAGGAGAGUCAGUCGAGCAUCGAUGCCGUCGAGAACGUCCUUCGCCAUGUCCGCGACUCCAUUGAGGACUGUCGCAAGGAUCUGGAGGUCAAGAACACGGUUAGUGUCAAAAACCGCGCGAUCUGGGUGUUGUGGAAAAAUCAGGAAUUUCUUUCGAAGCUGGAAACCCUGAACACCUGCCUCGGCGCACUGAACAGGGAUAUUCUGCGCUUGGAGAUGGCGAGUCCUCAUCCGGUCGUGCUCGUCGGCGGUGUUCCCUUUGCACCGGACCAUGGAGACGCGCAUGGCGACCCUGUCCGCGAUCCUACGACCUCGAGUUUGAGGUCUAAACCCAGCUUUGCGCGCAGUCCGUCCAAGCGCUGGCUCGGCAGUACCAGUACUUUCGAUCUCAACUCAUCCGCAAAUAGCAGCAGGGUCAAUCUCAGGUCCAUGAAGAGCAACAGCAGCAUGACCCUUACUCCGGAGAGCGGCCACGCCUUCAGGCCGAUGAUGAGCAAUAGCAGCAUCACUCUCACUUCCGAGAGCAAAAACUACUUCGAUUCUGGAUCCGGCCCUAGGAUUGGCGAUGGUGAUGAGGGGUAUCAGAGCGACGACGGACUGUCCACCCAUUCAUCACGGCUUGGGCAGUCUCACAACCAUCAGUCCGCAAAGCCUACCGAUACGGACGUCAGCAUCAGCUUCGUUGCUGGCAGCGGCCUCAGUAUCGAUCUCGACGACCGGAGAACCCCUAUUCCUCAGAGCGGAUCGAGAGUGUAUAGUCGCUCUGGGCAUUCAUACGUCUCAGAAUCCGUCGGUCCCACGAUUGGGAGCAGCCAUCGCGAAGUGCCAAGGGCGCAUAAUUUGUACGAGCUGCCAGGAUCAUAUCCGAGCCCGGAUCCAACACCUCCUUCUGCACGGACAGACCCAUUUGCUUCGAACAAUCCCUGGCGACAGACGGUGUCAUAUGAGCUACCCACGCCCGAUUCGGGCUGGGAAAGCACAAGGGACAGAAGGAAGAGGUCCUCUCUGCACCCAAUGGUCGAAGAUGAGCAUGACACAGUCGGUGAACUUUCAGAUGCAAGCUUUCUUUCUCCGAGCGUGACAGCGCCAGCGUCGAUGAUGACGGCAGGGCCCGGUGCGCACUCAUCAACGAUCAUCGACGGCGUUCCUCUUCUUUCGGCUUAUGAACAGAAGAGAUUGAGGAGGAGACGACGAUCGGACUUUAUCAAUUGAGGCCAUUCUCGUCGAUAAACCCCUGACG